UCUAUGUAGAUAACUUUUUUUAUUAUACAGCAAACGAUAUUCUAUAAAGAACAUGAAUGUGCAGUAAUAAUACAACCUAUAUUUUUUAGGGUGAUUACUUUUUUACUCAUAGAAGGACUGCCAAAAAAUCAAAUUUAGUAAAGUGUACUUUAUUUACAAAAAAAAACUUAGGAGCUAGAAUAUAUAAAAAUAAAAAAAUUUACUCUUGCAUUUUCAUUUUAGUAGGUUGACUGGUAGAUAAUAAAUAAGAAGCAUACCAUUGCAAUUUUUAAUAUUUAUGAUGUUGAAAUUCUCACAAACAGUGAAAUAUGAAGAUUAUGAUAAGGUAAUCGUACGUUUGGUAGUUAAUUUGGUAUGGCCCCCUAAUGGCUUAUUUUUUUCAUGUGGUCCAAACAAAUGUGACAUGGCCGCUGAAUGAGAACCACUGGUUUCGACUGUUUACAACAAACAAAUGGAAAACAGCUACUGCAUUAAACGGCAUCUUGAUGCGAUUUAUUUGUCACUAAAAAGAACGAAACUGGAGUUCUUGCAACUAUAUUAUAUUUUUAAGGCAUCAAAAUCGCGGCUUACGCUUUUCUAGCGGUAACGCAACGCAAAUAGCACUCCUCCAUGGACCGAUGCUUUCUCUUGUUAAAACAUCGGUCAAGUCUGAAUGCUUCGUGUAGAAAGGCCGCAUUCUAGAUGUUAUAAGCGAGCGAAGACCGGGAUUAAGCUACGGAAUGGAAUAGCGUGUUCGAGAAGCUGAGAAAAUGAACGAAAUUAUGUUACAUGCCCUACUUUUUACAAGAAAAUUACAUCAUAAUUCAUGAAUCUAUAUGGAUCAAAAGCAAUAUUUCUUUUACAAUAACUAUAAUUUUAAUUGAGGACGAUAUAUAUUUGGAUAAAUAUCUGAUUUGCUUUCGCAUAUCGCGUAUAUGUUCGGCAGUUUCUCGUAUAUUCAACUAUUCAACGAGCUGAAGCGGGAUGGAGCGAGCAGCUGAUGUGACUAACGGAAUAGCGAAACGUAACAAACGACGAUAUUCUUAACGAUAGCCCUUUUGCCAUUGAGAUUAGCCGCCAUCAUGACUUUAAUGAUUCUGGCGUGGUUAUUGGCCUGCCUAGGUCUGCACGGAUUGUCUGAGGAGGAUCUUCGACGAGCUCCUCUCCAAGGAUGGAGACGAGACAUGCGCGUCGUGAUCUGCUGGAUGAUGCGGGCAUUAUUUCUCUGCGGUGGAUUCCAUCAUCUGAAGGUCAAGGGCCGGAAGGCGGAGACUAAAGACGCGCCGGUGCUGGCUCUCGCCCCGCAUUCCAGCUUCUUCGACGCACUUCCGGUCGUGUACCUUGGCGGACCGAGCAUCGUUGCCAAAGGGGAGAGUAGCCGUCUCCCUUUCUUCGGAAAACUCAUCAACUAUACGCAACCGGUCUAUGUGUGGAGGGAGGAUCCAAAUUCUCGUCAAAAUACUAUUAAGGAGAUCAUUGAAAGGACUACUUCCAAGGAGGAUUGGCCACAGGUUAUGAUAUUUCCUGAAGGAACCUGUACGAACCGGUCGUGCUUGAUUACGUUCAAAUCGGGCGCCUUCUAUCCCGGUGUGCCGGUGCAACCAGUGUGCAUCAGGUAUCCUAACAAGUUGGACACAGUAACGUGGACAUGGGAAGGUCCUGGCGCAUUGAAAUUGCUAUGGUUAACAUUGACGCAGUUAAAUAGCAGCUGCGAGAUUGAAUUCCUUCCCGUCUAUAAUCCAAGUGAGGCGGAAAAACUGGAUCCCAAAUUGUACGCAAAUAAUGUACGACGUCUUAUGGCAGAAGCGUUGAAAAUUCCUGUUUCGGAUUAUACGUACGAUGACUGUCGGAUUAUUAGAAAGGCUCACCAGCUGCACCUUCCAUAUGCGUCCAGUAUCGUAAAAACCCAUAAACUUCGCUACAAACUGGGUUUGGUGGCAUCAAAAACGGAAGAAGAGCUCGUUCAGAAAAAAACGAAUAAUUUUGGAGAGGUAAAUCUACAGGAAUUUGCUCAGAUUCUUAGACUGGAUGAAAAGGAUCCAACCACUCAACAACUGUUUCGCAUUCAUGACAAGCUCGGACAUGGAAAAAUCGAUCUUGAGGAAUAUAUCUUUACUGUAUUGGCGACGGCAAACGCGUCUUCGGAAUUAGACAAGGUCGAGAUUGCGUUUGACGUAUGCGGUUCGAAGACAAUGACAUGUUUGACAAUGACACAGUCGGAACUCAGGAAAGCCUUGAGAUUAUCAUUACAUAUACAGCCGGAGGAAUCUGACAGAAUCUUUCAACAAGCUAGAAACGAUGCAAAUGACCAUACAGUGAAUUUUGAUGACGUUUUGACGCAACUUUUGAAACGGACGGAAUAUGCGCAUUUGUUUGCCGCGAAUAGCGAAAGUUCGAAAAAGGCUAUUUGAAAGUGUCUUUUGGAGCCUGAUGUUCCUUCUGGAGAACCUCGAGGCAGGCCUUUUCAUAAUCCCAUUUGCUCCACCCCCGUAUGAGAAACGUAUCCAGGAUGCUUUGAGGAUCUUAAAGUAAAAUUAUUUUAUCAUCUAUGAAAGUUGCAGCCGCACGUAUGCAACAAUUAGGCAACUAGUUCCUGUUUUUCCUAUAAUCUUGUAAAUUAGUAGAAGUCAAGGACUUAGCAAUAGGAAUUUAGAAUUCUAUGACAUUCGAGGAUUCUAAGUAAUUAUAGAUUUGAUAAUUCAGAAAUAUUUAGUUACGAAGAUCCCAGAGUUCAAGGAUAUAAAAAUCCAAAGAAAUGCGAUUAUGGGACUUAAAGAUUCAAGGAUUCUACGAUCUAAGGGUUGAAAGUGCCGGAACUUAAGGAUUGAAAAAUUCUAUUUAAUAGUCUGGAAAUUUGAGAGUUUAAGGCCUGAAAUAUAACGACCAUUUUAGUAUCUAUAUUUGAAAAUAAAAUUUGAAGUGAAAGUUAAAAGUCUUAGAAUAUAAAAAUUCGAGAAUUCUACGGUUUAUUUGCAAUCACAAAGAACUAACCGACGUUAAAAUCUAAAGAGAAAGAAACAAAUUUUGCAGUUUUUUUUCUAUAUAAUGCAUAUAAAUGAAAUUAUGCGGUCACAAAGUUUCAAGCUCGAAAAGAUUCAAGUAUUCAUGACCUGGACGUACAUUUAAAGGAAAAGAGGCAGAUAAAAUGGCGUAAUUUAUUUUUCGAACUGAUAGUUUAUGCCGCGGAUUAGAUACACAUGUACAAAUAUGCAAUCAGGCACUCAUAUACAUAUACACAAAGUUGUUACAUGUUGCACAUGGUGAACCGGUACGUAGGCACGAAUAUACAUACACAAUACGUAGAAGGAUACGGCAAAUAAAUCGAUCGAGUAUACCGUUUAUUAUGCGCGCGCGCAAGUACAUUUAUGUACGUAUGUAUGUAUAUAGGAAGAGGAUGUAUGAGUGCAAUUAAAGAAAGCAUCUACUUUGUAAUAUCUGUAUAUGAACACGAAAUGGCCAAAUGUCAAGUGUAUUGUUAGUGGUCAUUCUGAGUUAAAAAUGGAUAUGUUGAGUUAUUUAUAGAAUGUUUUAUUAUAAAUCAAUAUGUUGAAAAUAACAGUAUUUAU